AUGGGAAGCAAAAGGCAGGGCGCGGAAGCAGCGGAGGGUCGGGUCGGGUCAGGGUCGGGGCAGGCGAGGCAGGGUGGCCGAAAGCGACGGGCGGAGGGGACAAGGUGGGGAGUCUCGGAUGUGCCGUGCCGCCUCGUUAUUUUGUCCGUUGUCGAGGGUCGGGGAAGGCGGGCGGGCGGGCGGGGGAAGACGGGACCGAGGCGGAGGCGGAGGCAGGCAGGCAGGCCCAGGGGAAGGGGAAGAGGGAGGUCGUGGGACGCGCUUGGCUGCUCUUCUCGCUCGGACGAGGACUCGAGGAAGCGAGGGAAGGGGGGAGGUUGUGAAAGGGCCGCGGGGAGGCUGCGAGUUCAGUGGGCUGCGAAGAGAGAAGAGAGCCAGGGAGCCCCGGGAUAUUCUUGUAAACCCAGUGCACGCUGUGCUGCUUCCGCUUGUGAGAGCAUCGAGAGCGGGACAGAGAGAUUAGAUAGACAGAAGGAGAGGUCGCCGAGAGGUAAGAGAGAUAUAGAGAACAACCGAAAAGAGGUAACUGGACAGAGAGACAGCGAGAGAUAG